AUCAGCUCUACGCCCACUCCCCUCCCCCUGCCCUAGCACUCUGUAGCUAACCUUUGGAAUCUUUACUUUACAUCCCCACAUUCUACAAGAUAACCCUGCAGAACUGCGAACAACAUUCUUUGCGACACCCUCGACAUUCGGAUUUUACAGCUACCUACCUAACACAUACCAUUCGCAACUCAUAGGACCCUGAAAAUACAAUGGAUAUUGACGAUGAUGACGAUUUCUACGUUCCCGAUGAGCCUACCACCCAUGAAAACCAUACAGAUCCAACCAACACUACCGACGCAACUAUACCCAUACAAUCGCGGACACAGUUGCAAGAACAGCAGGAGCACGAUGAAGAAGAUCUAGAAGAAGGCGAAGAAGAGGAUGAGGGCGCUGAUAUGGAUGAGGAUGACUCGGACAUAGACAUAAUUACAGAAAGAAAAGACGGCACCAACGCUCCUCCGCAAACCCAAUCGCGGUAUAGCGACAUACGAAACAUUCCUCAAAGGUCGGCGUCAAGUGACGCGACGACUAAGCCCGCUGUUGUCAAGAAGGAGGAUACGACGUCGCGCGCUUCAUCGGGUUCCGAGCUACCUCCUGUCUCCACAUCCAAAGUAGAUGUGAACGCAAUUCCGGUCUAUAAACCCGUAGGAAAACCUAUCACACAAGUCAAUAUCGAUGAAGAUCUAGCUGAGAACGAUAAGCCUUGGAGAAAACCUGGCACCGACCUAAGCGACUACUUCAACUACGGUUUCGACGAGUUCACCUGGGCCCUCUACGCUGCUAAGCAGGAUAACGUGCGCAACGAAUACAGUUCGGACGCGAUCGCGCAGAAUAAUAAGAAAAUGAUGGAAGAUAUGCAAAUGAUGAUGAUGGGUGGGAUGCCGGGGAUGAGCGGGACAGGUACAACAAGCUCCAUGGCGAAUAUGCCAGGGAUGGACGGCAUGCCUCCCGAGAUGCAAACUAUGAUGCAGCAGAUGAUGGCGUCGGGGCUUGACCCGAGCCAGAUGGAUGCCUCAGCUAUGUCUGCUAUGUUCUCGGGUAUGCAAAACCCCGGGGGUAAUGCCGCGGGUGGUCAAGGCAAUCAAAAUCAGAAUUUCGGAGCACCGGGCCAGGGGUUUGGCGGCAAUCAAGCACAGAAUUUUGGCUAUGAGCAAGGAAUGGGCCGGGGCGGAAGCGGAGGCGGGUUUGGUGGUCGUGGUCGCGGCGGGCGUAGGAACUGGUAAACCACGUCACCGUUUCUCGCUGAAAUGUGUUUAGCCAGUCGAUCUUGAUUAUCUUUCAUACUAUAGAAAGAUAUGUACUCUAUAUCAAGCCGGGCCGUAGAAUUCCAACUAGCAUAGUGGCCUCACGAUACCCCUGAGAGCAUCUGUAGUUUUAGGGUUUUGUUUCCAACCUCCCAAGCAUGGGCAGUGGGCAGUGCUCUCAUCUCUCGCGUUGGUUUCAUUUGUAGAAAACACAUGGUAAAAUACAAUUGCGCUCUACCUCUCAAGGGGCUAUAAGCAGCGAAGUUAAUAUUCAACAAGAAUUAUCAGUGUAUAUUUGUAAACACCUAA